GUCAGUGAAAAUCUAUCUGCUGCUCCUCCGCUCAGGUAUGAGUAACCUGAAGUCAUCCACCAGGAAACAAUCAGAUUUCUUCAGCAACCGAGGCGACUUUUAAGGGAUCCUCAGCCAUGGAUAAAUUAAAAUCGGUUUUAAGUGGUGAAGAGGCGCGCAGAGAUGACCGAACCAUUUUAGAGACUGUCAACGAAGCCUCGACUUUAGGUUGGGGAACACGUGUGAAGGGAUUCAUCGCCUGUUUCGUGGUGGGCGGCGUGUGCACAAUUUUGGGAGUGUGUUUGCUCUUCAUCCCCAGGAUUGGAAUCACUCUCUUCAUAGUUUUUUACACUUUUGGAAACAUAUGUACCCUGGGAAGUACCAUGUUUCUGAUGGGGCCAAUGAAGCAGUUGAAAAGGAUGUGUGAUAAAACAAGAGCGCUGGCCACCACAAUAAUGAUCACUUGCCUUGUGUUGACUCUCUGCGCAGCCUUCUGGUGGAAGAACAUAGGACUUGCUUUGUUAUUCGUCAUCUUGCAAGUCUUGUCAUUUGCCUGGUACAGUCUGUCAUACAUCCCAUUUGUGAGGGAGGCAAUAAUGAAGGUAGUGGCAGUCUGCUUGAAGUGAGGCAGAGGCUAAGUAUUUGUAUGGAGGGGUCCGGCUGGAUGAAGUGUUUUUUUAAAGGGGCAGGUCUCUGAAGCUACUGAAACAGCCGCCUCGUGGAUCUGCUUCAGGGGUGAACAAGACACAUGCAUUAUCUCCAAAGAUGUUUCUUUUUCUUGUUAAUGAUUCAUUCAUUGAGAUGAUUGAUUUUAAGUAGUUGAUUACUUAUACCAAUUUUAAAUGAGUGUGGGCUUGAUAUGUAAUAUGUCUAGAUAUUUGUAAUAAAUUAAUGUUAUAUGUAUAAUGUUUUUUUUUGAACACACGACAGCCUUAUUAUUUCCAUCACUGAGGAGAGUAAAUGUAACCCAGCACAGCCUGAACACUUGACCAUGAAAGCUUCAGAUGGCUUAAAAUUGACAUGUGUGACCUGAAAUGGAUUUAUGAAAAAUGCAUUAUUUUAAAAUGUAGUUGCAUUCAUUAUUUAAUGUAAUAUUUGGUGGCUGACAGUUGCUUUUGACCUGGAGGAACAGUCCAAAAGACUAAACCGUUUAAUUUGAGGGACUAACUAACUAAAAAUGCACGUGGCAGACACAUUCAUUGAAUGACUAAUUUUUGAGUCAUUGUAGUCUUACACACGUCUGCACAUAAGGUUGGUUUAUCAGAAGUUAUAUUCAGAAGCAUAGUUAAAGAGUUAGGGUUUUAAUUGUCUUUAACAGUUAAGCUAUGAGGAAACGUUAUCUCAU